AUGACAAUAUGUCGCUGUAUGUUCAAAUUAAUCUAUAAUAUCACGAUAGGUCAAAAAGUGUAUAGAAAACUAUGAGAAAAGGAAAUCUUUCAGCUUUCACUCAUUUAUUACUAUUGUAUAUCUCAUAAACGUUUUUAACGAUAAAUUGCUAUCACAACAUAUUUUGCUCUUACAGUAAUGAAAUACAUUGCAAUUUUACUUGCAAUAACAAACGUAGUAAAUGCGCUGACCGACUAUACAUUAUCUUGUCAACGAGGCUACAGGAUAUCAGGGAUCAAGCGCUUGAACAGUCCGAGACAGCGCGAUCAAGCCGGCUCAUUGAGUAUUGAAUGUCAGUCGAUAAUGGAGAAUGAUCUUGACUCAGUAAGAACAUAUCUUUCAUAAUAUAACUUUAAGUAGAUAUCUUGCCAAACAUUGACUAGCACUCCUCAAUGUAACGGUCAAAUGGAAGGAUGUUCCGGAUCACAAUGGCUGGCUGGAUUCCAUGCUUAUGCUAUCGAGAACAACACUAAUGCUGUUCUGUAAGUGUGGCUUAUGAAUUUAUAUUUAUGUUUAAAUUUGAAGAUAGUAAACUAAUUUUAAAAAAUUAUAAUUGUUUCUUAUGUUGUUAAUAUUAGAUGAACAUACUAACUGUCAUUUCAGAGAAUACGAUGACGAAGUCAAAUUUCAGAUUAGAUCCAGUAUGUUGCUCUUCUCCCAAAAUUAAGGUGGACUCGUUGAGUUGUGCUACAGAAAGGUUAAACACACCCGUGAAGCCAUUUGAGCAUACAAUUUUAGGACAAGAUUUGAUCUACCGGUGAGUACAUCGUUACAAUGACGAUACUAUUCUACUCGUUUUAAAGUUAAAACAAAACCUUUCAGAGGUAUUCAAUGUUGGCAUCAGUAUAAUGUAAACAAUACAUUAGUGGACUUGGUAUGGAAAGUCGAGAUUUGUCAAACACAAUCUCUACAAGCUUUGUCAUUGGACGCAAACUCGUGUAAGUUGAUGUUUGCUUAAUUUGUUAUAAUUUAUGUUAUUCAAAACCUAAAACAAAUUUUGGAUAAAUUAUCACAAUUGUUAAAAAAAACUAAAGGUAUUAUUACAGUAACUGGAAGCUGUCCACCAUGUGAGUGUCACUGUGGUAUUGACACCUGUGGUGAUGGAAAAGAGCCGAUCAGGGUGACCCACAAACACAUGAAUACAGACAACUGUGGCUGCGACUGUCUGUGUAGAUAUGAGUGUAUAUAA